AUGGAUCUAUCUCAACCUCUCAACUAUAAUGUAUUGGUGGAAAGGGAAGGCUUUGCUUUCUUUGCUGAUAUUGAGUAUGAAAACAUAUCGGUCUUUUGUUCGCACUGCAAGAAGACAGGGCAUGAGGUGAAGGAGUCUAACUCGAAACCAAAGGCUAUACUUGAGACUGUUGGGGAAUUAACGCAAGAGGUUGCGGACAGUAGCAAAGAUCAAGAUGCUGGAAAUGGUGAUGACAUAGAGAAUACUGUUUCUAAUAAUUCGCCCCAGGUUGAUUUCGUUGGUCCCAUUCUUGAAAGGGUGGAAGCUCUUGUCCUAGUUCCAAUUCCCCCAAAUGCUGAUAAUUUCAUCUCGCAAGCGCCGGUGGAUUCUGAUGAGUUGGAUUUAACCUGUGUUGAGGCUACUCAGGUUAUGAAUUUAAUUCAGACUGAAGGGGAUAAUGCUAAGUUUCUAAAUAAGGCUUGGGUAAAUCUAGAGACUGCUGGAAAUGAUAAUGAUAAUGAGGGCCCUUUUACAACAAUGGUUAUUAAACUCAGCAAGAAGAAUGUGAUUAAGAAAAAGAAGCAUACUACGAGUUAUCAGAAUUAUAGACACGUAAAAUCGAGAUCAUACCUCAAUGUUCUCCAAUGCUCUUUUAAUCUCCCUUGGUUUUUCUUUGGAGACUUUAACGCCAUUAUAGGGGCUCAUGAACAUCGUGGUCGUUUAUGUCCUACUCAAGUUCCCAUGAAAGAUUUCAAUUUAUGGACCAAUUCAAAUGAUCUUAUUCAUAUUCCUACUAUUGGUGCUAGAUAUACUUGGUCUAACAAGCGGGAUUUUCCUUUUAGAGUGGAGAGGCGGCUUGAUAGGUGUGUUGGGAACCAAAUUUGGAUUGAUAGCUGCAGCCAAAUUUCUGUCUCCACCCUUUCGAAACUUUUGAAAAAGGAUUUGAGAAGUUGGAAUAACAACGUUUUUGGAAAUGUAUCGGCUGCAGCUUCUCAUGCUGAGGCAGCUCUUAGUAAACUUCAGCAAAGGAUAAGUGAGGUCACUAUUAUUGAUGAAAACCUUAUGAAACAGGAAGUUAAGGCCCAAUCGGAUCUCCUAGCUGCUCUUAACGUGGAAGAAUUUUUUGGAAAGAGAAGUCUCAAAUUAGAUGGCAUGUGGAGGGUGACCGAUUACUCGUUGGUGGAGGAAACCAUUCCGUCGCUGGUAGAUGAGUCCAUGAACAACACUCUCACUAAUCUUCCUUCUAUGGAGGAAGUUGUCGUUGUCGUGUUUUCCAUAAACAAGGAUAGCGCUCCUGGCCCUGAUGGUUUUGGGGCAAUUUUCUACCAAUCUUACUGGGAUAUAAUCAAGGAGGAUGUCGCCAAUGUUGUCUUGGAGUUCUUUCAAUCAGGAUGGAUCCUUCCGGGUUUCAAUUCUAAUGCUUUAGUGCUCAUUCCGAAGGUUAAGGGAGAUGAUUGUUUAGAUCUUUUUCGUCCUAUUACUAUCUCUAAUUUUAAGUUCAAGUUAAUUUCCAAGAUUCUUGCGGAUAGGAUCUCUCCUAUCAUGCCGUAUCUCAUUUCCAAAGAACAACGUGGUUUCAUCCAAGGAAGACACAUACACGAUUGUAUUGACGUUGCUUCUGAAGCUUUCAAUAUGCUGGAUUCUAAAAGUUGGUGUGGUAAUAUAGCUAUCAAAGUCGGUAUUAGGAAAGCUUUUGACACUCUCAUUUGGAAUUUCCUUAUGGCGGUGCUGCAAAAGUUUCGUUUCAAUCAAAAGUUCUGUUUGUGGAUUAAAUCCAUUCUACAUUAUGCUUUUAUAUCUAUUAACAUUAACGUGGUUUUGCAGGGGUUCUUUUCUUGCAAUAAUGGUGUGCGGCAAGGUGACCCACUAUCGCCGUUACUUUUUUGUCUUGCGGAAGAAGUGCUCAGUAGAAAGAUUCUUCAAUUAGUGGACAAUAAUUUGCUUGGCAAUAUUGUUGGUCCUAAGAAGGUCAUGGUUCCUUCUUAUAUUAUGUACGCCGACGAUGUUCUUAUAUUUUGCAAAGUUAGCAUAUCCAACAUCAAAACUUUGUUUUCUACUUUCAAAGCUUAUGAAGACAUUUAUGGUCAAAUGGUUAAUUGUAAGAAGUCUUCCAUUUAUGGGGGUGCUAUGGCGCAUUCUCGUCUUAAUAUUUUGGCUUCCUUAACCAUCUUCGUCAUAGGAUCGUCUCCGAUGAUGUAUCUCGGGUUACCUAUCUUCAAGGGUAAGCCCAAAAAGGUUUUUCUCCAGCCUAUUGUGGACAAGGUUCUUUCUAAGCUUGCCUCAUGGAAAUGA